AUGUUAGAGCCGGCGUCACGAUGGAGAUGGUAUCGGGCGAGCGUGCCGCAUCCAUCAGGACUGGAGGGGCGCUAUCUGCACCGGUAUCGCGUACCAACGAUAACCAUUGUCUUACUGGUCGAUUAUAUCAGCGAAAUUUGUGCUCGGAUCUGCCGUUUGUCUCUCGCCGCAAAUGAGAGAUUCAACAUGGUGGUGGUAUUGAACGGUGUCCUUGCGGACGAGUGCCCCACAUCUGUGAGGGCGCUAUUGGCAGCACACCCAGGGUAUAGAGAUGCGGCAGCCCAAUUGUUAGCUGCAGCAGCAAGAGAUGUCGGUACCCCUGGACUGCUGUACGUUGGACAGAGGGAAAUGGCUGCAGUUGUGCCACAUGACAAAAAUGUUAGUAUCAUUGGAUCAGAUGACGCGACAUCGUGUAUAAUAGUCAUCGUCAGGCAUUCUGGAUCAGGAGCAGUAGCUCUUGCACAUUUGGACGGUUCAGGAACCGCAGAAGCAGCAGCGGCUAUGGUAGCUAGAGUACAGCAGUUAGCAAUAGGAUAUCCUGAAGGACGAUUAGAGUUACAGCUUGUUGGUGGGUUCACAGACCCCCGUAGAUACUCGGAUGAUCUGUUCGCUAAUAUAAUGUUAUCGUUCCAUCGUUUAACAGAAGAGAUAGACCUAACCCUAGCUUGCUGUUGCGAAUUGAACACGGCAGUAGGAGGUGGGUACCCGGCACCCCUCGUCACCGGCGUGGGUGUUGAUAUACGGGCGGGGGAUCUCUUCCCGGCAACGUUUCCUGACAAGGGGCCAGAACUAUCCCUUCGAUGUGCCAGGCAUAUAACUGGAGGGUUACACGCGGCGCAGGUUUUGGAUAUAUACGACAAUGCUGUGGGCAUGUUGCGUAUCGGGCCCUUCAAUUAUGAGCCGCUGAGAGGAGUCGAUCUAUGGCUGGAACAAUCAGAUGAGUUCAUACUGCAGCAUCUCAGUACCACCCCGGCAGUUGAGCCACCGCAUUUUGUUCAUAAUAUCCGAUCCACACUGAAGUUCAUCCAGCAACAUCCAUUCCCCGCCGUCACAGUGUUCCCGGACAACCGGCCGCACUACUACCGUCGAGAUGAGCAGACUGGAUGCUGGGUACAUGUAACAUGGAAGAUU